AAUGUCAAAAAAGAAAGUGACGUAAGCGAAUGUCUGGUCUAUAUUUACAACAUAAAUUUUUAGAAAUUUCGUGCAGUCAAUAAUUCUGAUAAAUUCAACAAUAAUCUAGUGUCAUCGUUACAUCAAUGCAGAAUCUGAUGCUAACAGUAAUACUCCAGCGAGCAUAACCACAAUUCAAUGUUGUUCUACAGCAGAAAACUGACGAAAUUAUUGAAAAGUAUUCCCGGCGAGAAAACUUUCGGAAUUUAUAGAUUUUUGCCCUGCUUUUUCCUCCUGGGUGCUGCGUUAGAGUUCUCUAUGAUCAAUUGGACGGUUGGCGAAACAAAUUUUUAUCGUACAUAUAAACGACGUCAGGCCAAGGAAAUCGUUGAACAUAAGCUAACCGGUGCUGUUCCAUCAGAUUCGUCACAGUAAAAAAUUCGAUUCGGUUUGUAAUUGAAAAUGCCGGCUGGAGUUUCGUGGUCACAGUACAUCAA